UAAUUAUUGCUUAAAAGUCCAACUAACGCAUAGACAUACAAUAUAACAACUAACGUGAAGAAAGAACUAGGUACCUACCUACAAUUUGCAACAAAUGUGUAAUGCAUAGUUUAGAUAUAAUAUGCAGUCGCAAUGACGCGAGAGUCAUUAUAACCACCUGCCUGUGCCGCUAUCUUCCGGCAGUUUGAAGACCCAAUACCAUGCCCAACAACAUACUAAAAGUUGGUACCGGUUUCCAGCUCAGGGGGCCUACCACGAAAACCGAAAUUCCCUAAUUGCGGGGAUCUUUCUCUUUAACUUUCACUAAGGCGUAAUUAGAGUGACAGAGAAAAAUCCCGCAAUUGACUAACUUCCAUUUUCGCGGUUAUAGCCCUGAACUAUGUUCCCACUAGGAAGAGUACUAAAUGAUAGUGGUCCAUUAAUACAUAAAGACAUUCAGUAGAUAAGUGCCCAAGUCUAGAGCUUGCGUGCCGGUCUAGUAUUUGCCAAACAUGGAGUUAAGACUACUCUUGUGUGUGAUUGGUGUCGUCGUUGCGGCUAGUCCAAAACACUACGACACCAUAGUGGUCGGGCUAGGCUCAGCGGGUGUGACAGCUGCAACUACCCUGGCGGCAGGGCGCCGGGUCCUAGGUAUAGAGGCGCAGGGCCGAGUCGCCGGCAGGGUGCACACCGUGGCGUUCGGGGAUGGGGUUGUGGAGCUCGGCGGUGAAUGGGUCCUAGGCACUGAAAACAGCCGCACAUACGCCGCAGCACAGCAGCACAACGUCACUAUCAUUCCUCAAGACUCGAGCAUGCUGGUGUACUAUUCGGAUGGUACACCAGCAGAUGCGCAGCUGAUCAGCCAGCUGGCUAAACAUAGCUUUGAUGAGGGGCCAGAACCGCCGGAGGCUCAGGGGAAUUUUACCACCAGGAAAAUAAUGGAGGAUAUCACGAAGAACAGGCCGGACCUACUUAAGGACCAAGAAUUCAUAUCAGGGUUACUGUCGUUGGUCGAGCUGAUGGUAGAUAACCUGGAGGGUUCCAGCGACUGGAACGAGGUGACUACUGGGGGUGACUACGCAGAUCUGGAGGGGCACCAGGGCUUGAGUUGGCACCGGCAUGGCUACAAGACAUUCUUUGACAUUAUGCUGAACACAUACAAAGGCGGUCCAGGUCUACCCAACCUGGACAUAAAGCUGAACACCGAAGUUAAGGUCAUCAGGACCCCGCAGCACCCCACCGAGCGCGUCACUGUCGAGUGCGGUGACGGCAGCUCCUACGUGGCCGAUAACGUUAUUGUCACCGUGUCUCUCGGGGUUCUCAAGGACAAACAAUCUACGCUUUUCUCACCGCCGUUGCCCGAGGACAAGCAGACAGCCAUAGACAAGAUAAGCAUGGGAGUAUUAGAUAAAAUCAUCCUAACUUUCGACCAGCCCUGGUGGACGCAGAACAUAUCGAGGUUUUUGUUCAUAUGGAAAGAAGCGGAUAUGAAGAAAGUGCCAGCCUCAGACCUCUGGACCACGAAAAUUUUGGGAGCCUCUCGACCUAUGGGGUCCAGUAACACACUUACUUUGUGGAUCAGUGGAAAUAUUGCGAAGGAGGUAGAAAUGCUUCCAGAAGACACGGUGAAGGCGAAAUGCGUAGAACUGCUGCAGAGGUUCAUGGGUGACACUUUGAACAUCACUGUACCACAGCCCACUGCAAUUCUACGAACAACCUGGUACUCAAACCCAUACACCCGUGGAAGCUACACUUUUGACAACAUCCUUACUCCUCAAUACCCGGACGCCCGCGAUUGGCUCGCGAGGCCCAUCGUGGACUCUUCAGGGGCCCCGCGAGUCCUAUUUGCGGGCGAGGCCACAAGCCGACGCCAUUUUGGCACUGUGCACGGCGCUAGUGAGACUGGAUACAGGGAGGCCAUGCGAUUGGUCAAUAAACUUAUAUGAACAAAUUCUCAACUCAUUACGACCAGCGGCUAAACUAUUAACUGUAUGUAUGGUGGUCUAAACUUCGGUUGUAUUACGUAAUUUACGUAGGUACUGUAUAGAGCAACACAAACUGUUCUCGAAAAAAAUAAAAUAAGUAAAAAAAAAGCUAAAAAUAUCACACAGUCAAGAGGUUAACUUUCUGAUUUAUAAUUAUAUUUUUUAUUUUAUUCAAGAUUUAAAUAAAUAAUAGUACAUUACGAUACAAUGGGAAAU